UUGUCAAUAUUUUAUAAUCUUCAAUUUAUUUAUUAGAGGAAAACAUCUAGUUAUACUUCCAUCGUCGUUUCUUAACAUUUUAUAGACAAGUUGUCAGUAUUUACUUUCAUUUUAUCUACCAUCAUCUGUCGCUUUCCUUCAUAACUGAUGGCUUCUGCAAAUAACGUGAAUCACAAAAUCUAAGAUAAUGAUAUAUAUCUGCUGCUCAUUUCAAGUAACAUUAUCCUCACUCUUUGUAAGAAGAUAACCUACUCCAACUUGAAUGCUCGAAAAUGGCGUGGCUCAGUUCGCUAACCUGCCUCGCUGUCUCAUUCUUCGCAGCUCUUUUCCUCUGGUUCAAGCUCAGGAACCGGUCCUCGAAACUACGGCUGCCACCGGGGCCAUGCGGGUGGCCGAUCAUCGGCAACAUGUUCGAUCUUCGAACACAGCCACACCACGAUUUCCACGGACUUAAAUCCAGGUACGGGCCUAUUCUUUGGCUGAAACUUGGCAAUCUCAACACUGUAGUGAUACAGUCGGCUGCUGCUGCGGCUGAGCUUUUCAAGAAACACGACGUCGCCUUUGCUGACAGGAAAGCUCCUGAUUCUAUGAAUGCCUGUGAUUACAUCAAAGGAACUUUGGCGGAGGCACCCUAUAACGAGUACUGGCGUAUCUUGCGCCGCCUCUCUUUGUCCGAGCUCAUGGUUCAGAAAAGAAUCGAAUCUUCUGCACAACUCAGGCAGAAAUGCAUUGACAAAAUGAUUCAGUGGAUAAAGAAGGAUGCAUCCGAAUUCUGCGAGAUCCAACUUGAUGGGUACCUGAUGAUCAUGAGCUUUAAUCUAGUUAGCAAUUUCAUGCUCACGAGAGAUAUAAUGGACUACAAGUCUGAGACGGGGAGCGAGUUCUUGGAGGCCAUGAGAAACUUCAUUUGCUGGCAGGGGAAGCCUAAUGUGGUAGAUGCAUUCGAGUUCUUGAAAUGGCUUGAUCCUCAGGGAAUCAGGAGACGCACGGGGACGCACCUCGAACAGCUGUUAAAGAUAGUUUCAGUAUUUGUGCAAGAAAGAAUUCAUGAGAGGAAUUUGCAGAGAGGUAACCAUACGAGAGAUUUCCUCGAUGCGUUACUGGAUUAUGAAGGUGAUGGCAAAGGAUCGGUUGACAAGCUCUCAGAGAAGAACAUCAACAUAAUAAUACUGGAAAUGUUCUUUGGUGGAACCGAGACUACAAGCAAUACCACUGUCUGGGCGAUGGCAGAGCUAUUACGAAGUCCUGAUUCCAUGAGAAAGCUCAAAGCAGAGAUUGAUCAGGUCACUGGUUCCUCAAGAGCUGUAGAAGAGGCUGACUUGACUGAACUAACAUACUUACAAGCAGUGGUUGACGAAACCAUGCGGCUGCACCCUGCUCUUCCUCUGCUGCUACCAAGAAAAGCAAGAGAAGAUACCGAGUUCAUGGGCUACGAUAUACCCAAGGGCACAGCGGUGAUUGUGAACGCAUGGUCUAUCCAUAGGGACCCUGAGUCAUGGGAGGAUCCAUUAUCUUUUAAGCCAGAGAGGUUCCUGAACUCAAACAUCAAUCACAAGGGACAACACUAUGAGAUGAUUCCAUUUGGUUCUGGCAGAAGAUCCUGCGUUGGCAUGUUGAUGGGAGAGAGAACAAUAAGCCUCACUUUAGCAAGGCUGAUACAGUCUUUUGACUGGGAGCUCCCUGCAAAUAUCUCCCCAGAAACUCUCGAUAUGAGUGAGACGACAGGGCUUUCUCUUCGCAUGAGCACACCUCUGAAAGCAGUUCCAAGAGAAAGAGGAACCUAAUGCUAUAAUGAAAUGAAAACUCCCCACCAGUGCUGAUUAUGAUUUGAAUUGCCUUCACUUCUGUGUUACAUUUUGUAUCUUUUGAAAAUAACCAUGUUUAAGUUUAUAUUUAGAAUGAAUGCUAUGCAUGUAAUCCGUUGGUAAUAUUUGAUAGAAUGCCAAAUCUCCGUUGCACAAACAA